AUGUCCCCGCCCAGCUUGCCUGCCUCGCGCGCACCAUCUCCAUCCCACUCAGGCAACCCAGCUAAGCGCAAGAAGCUCUCGACAUCGUGCGAUGCCUGCCAAAAGCGCAAAUCCAGAUGCGAGAUGGUCACGGCCAACGGGUGCCAUCGGUGUCGCACGCUAAACACCAAGUGCUCCCGAGCUGGAAAGGCGUCGGGGAAUGGGGGAAGCGGAGAGGUGUUUGAUGAUUUUGGGACAGAAGCAGAAGGAUCGGAGGGGGGUCCUGCAGAUCGAGGCAGUGCGCUGGCAGAGAUCCAGGGUCGGACGAGGCGGAUAGAGGCGAUGCUAGGGGGCCUGCUGGCCCAAUCUGGAGGCUUUGGGCGGCCAGGGCCAUCCCUCACCGAGGAUCUCCCGGAGGUGUCAUCCACCGGUCAGAGCACCCAUCAUGCUGCUAGUGCAACGGCCAACCGCGCUCUGAUACUGAACCGCGGAAACAACCUGGCAGAUCCGGUGUCGGCGGGGAUCAUAACGGCGGCUUUAUGGGAGGCCGUCUACAGCAGGCAACACAUCAUCCCUCUGAGCUCGCUUCUCCACACGCUCCAGCCGUACGAACCCUUCCUCCGCACCUGCAUCCUGGUAUAUCAGGCGAACGGCAGAUCCAUGGCUCAGCCGGGAUACGAUCACCUAUUCCGUCUCCUACGCGACAGCUUAGAUCGCCUCCCUGUUGUCCGCCCAACCCGUCAGAUCGUACUCGGCCUCUUCAUCCUCUCCCUUACGCCGUCGCUCCCCCACAGUGGGCGGACUUACGUGUCACCGGACCAUUUUGGAGCUGCUAGCCGGGCUAUGGAUAUGGCGAGGGUUGUUGGGCUGGAACAGGCAGAGGAGCGAGUCCUAAGGGAAGCGCCGGAGGAUUGGGAGCGAGACUGGCUGAAGAGAGAUAUCGAAGGCAUGAAGCUGUGGUAUGCGAUCAUCCAUCGCGUCAGAUGGGUGGAACUGCUCAACUCGCCUUUUCUCCACUCAUCGCCGGUUACCCCUAUACCGACACAAGCAUACGCCCUGCAAGACCCUAUGUUCGCCUAUCUCUUUCUCGAGAACGAUUUACUGGGACUGUUCGAGCUCGUAUCCGUCCCUUUUCGACUGAUGUGCACAUCACGAAUCUACGAUCCGUCGCACGCACUCGACCUGAUCCAAGCAGUCAACACAUACACCGAGAGGGCGGUAACAUGGGAGGGCCGGGUGAUGAAUAAUCCGCUGCUAGGCUCGUCAAAGCAUCACCUCAUCGUCACCCAUCACCUCAUCAACAUCAUAUUCUACCUUCGCCUGUCAGACUGGCACAACCUCUCCAGCCCUCUCGGCCCGGAUACCACUACCCAGUUCACUCGACUAUUUGCCAGUCGUAUUCUCACCUCGUCAGUCUCGGCCAUCAAUUCCCUGCUCGACCACCUUGCGGCUUCGCCAUCAUCCUCGCCGUCUCCCUUACUUCGCGUCUUACCGGCCUUCACAUUCAUGCUCGUCCUGCUGGCUUACAAGGCUGUCGUACAGUCCCGCAAACUCAAGGAGGCUACUCCUCCUCCCGGGGGAACGGGUCAAGACUCGACGGACGGGGAGAUCAUAGAUCCGGGACGUCUCUCGCGCAUACGGUCCGCUCUCAUUCAGGCACACCGUCAGUACGUCCCCCUUGUGGCCAUGAUCGAUGGGGAGGCGCCGCCUCGAGAGUGGGGCGAAGGACUUCGGGAUCUCCAGGCGCAGCAUGAGUUUGGUGGGUCGGAUUGGCAAGAGUGGGAGAGAUUGUUUGACUUUGACCUAUAUUCAGGGUCAUUGGUCGGAUGGGGGAUGGCUUUCGAUGGGGAUGAUAUGGGUCUGAGGUUGGCGGAGUCGGAAGUGGGGGAUAUCUGA